AGCAGCAUGUUUUUCGCGAGGACCAGCUGUGUGUGUGGGAGAUUGGCGCACGCUGCUGUGUGAAAUCGCAGCAUCAGUUUGAAAAGGGACAAUGAGGAGAGAAGAGGGGACCAUCCAUCCCUAUCCCGCCAGCGUCAAGAAAAAUAACACUUCUCAACCUGGGGCAGUCCGUUUACAGGGUAGGCUAGAUUCUGAGAAAGUCUGCUCUGUUUCCGAAUAGCCUACAUUGGCUCAAACGGUGCAGCUAUAUUGACAGGUAGCAAAUUUACAUUUUAGCAUCUGGCUUUAUUACCAUAAUUUUGCAUACCGGUAUGCCCCUGGCCGAUAAGCAAGGAGGUGAUCUGUGGAGGAGACACGGCAACUGCACUGCAACGAAGUGAAGUUCACCACCAGCGGCUCUGCAGAUCUUCUGGAGUGAACCAGAGGACACAGACAUCCAACCAAAAGUCCUGAAAACUGUAUCUGAAAACCUGAAGGCCUGACACAAGAACGGGUUAAACCCAGUAUCUGAAUAGCUGAAAACAGGACUAUCUGACAGGACUGCCCCGGAAGCUCAGAGGACAGAGUUGUUUACCCUGGGAGCCAACAGAGCUCCAGGAUGGGUGGCUUCGUUAGCUCAGGAUGGAAAAGUUCCCUAUCACCGCAUGACAAAUCACAGUUGUGUCCCAGCAUCCGUUAAAUUAAUGGCUUGACCUGAGAAAGUACUAAGUAUGAGUAUAGACAGCCUGAAAGCCAGUAUAAGACAGAUAUAACUAAGGAACAAAAUACUCAUCAUACAUCAAUCCCAGAGUCUGUUAAAUGAAUAGGCUUGACCUGUGUGGCCUGUCUCAGGCUCAGGUGGAGGGGUCCCAGGUGUCUACCUGAGGUUGUUGUUCCGUUUUAUGGAGGCGUUGCACAGCCAUAGCUGCUUGCCGACUGGGGAGCAGUCCGGAGUUCACGACCAGCCUCAGCCAGGAGAGUCUGCUCUGCCUCUCCCAGACCCUCAGCCUCCCAAAUCUCCCUCCUCCCAAAACCAUGAACCGCAGACACAACAGACUCGCUCUAAACAAGGAGGACCUCAACAACAACAACAACAACAGCAACACCAUGGACAACACCACAAACUGCCUAAUAAGCGGGAGCGCAAGCGUCUCAGACAUCAGAGGCAAAGCGUUGAUUCCGACACCCCUCCGGCAGAGGAUGGUAAGCAUGCAAAGGCAGAGGCAACACCAACCAGAGUGGCUCGGACCUCGUCUGGCGGGACCAGGGCGACUCCCUCCUCAUCAUCCACCUCCACCCAGUCUACAGAGGCUCCCGACACAGAGGAGAACCAGGAGGGCACCCUAAAGCAGAAACGGGAGCGUAAGCCUGGAAAACCUGGGAAAUAUGUGUGCUCUUACUGUGGCCGUGCCUGUGCCAAGCCCAGCGUCCUGCAGAAACACAUCCGCUCCCACACCGGAGAGAGGCCCUACCCUUGUGCUCCCUGCGGAUUUUCUUUCAAGACCAAGAGCAACCUCUACAAGCACCGGAAGUCCCAUACCCACAGGGUGAAGGCCGGCCUCGCCUCUGGAGAGCCCAGUGCUUUAGAAGAACCGGUUCCAGAGUCAGAAGACGAAACUAGACAGCCGUUGUCUGCUGCUUCUUCCAACAUGGAGAGACAAGGCAGUGUGGCCAAUGAGAAGACCCAUGAAGACACUGAGAGGUCUACAGAGCAGUCCAGCGGGAUGGACAACUCCUACGCCGUCAAGAAGAGGCUGGCCAUGCGUUUGAGCCGAGGGAAACGUGGCCCUCUAGGCUCGUCUGACUCGAUCAGUUCCUCGAUGGGUAUGGGGAGUAGAGGCAGCACAGAGUCUGGCUAUUUCUCUCGUUCUGAGAGCACUGAGCAGUCACAGGACAGCCCACCCAACGUAACCAAAAGUGCCAAAAGCUAUGCAGAGAUCAUCCUGGGGAAAUAUGGCCGUCUGGGCCACCUCCAGAGGAUGUCCCGGCAUCAGGACCAGCAGCCUUCUGGAAGCCAGGGACAGCAGGAGAAGAGCAUCCCAUUCACAGUGCCCAAGAAGCAGGUCAUUGACCACAUCACCAACCUCAUCACCAUCAAUGAGGCUGUUGUGGACACAAGUAAGAUCGAUAGCGUCAAGCCCAGGAGGUUCUCUCUGUCUAGGAGAAGUAGCACAGAGUCUAAGGUUUCUUUAUCUCUGAAAGAGUCGCCUGUAGUCCACCACAGCACCAACAACCCUGGAGACCCAGGCUUUAAGAGCAGUGGUUCCAUCACUAUGGGUGUUCCGUGUGAGAAGUUUCAUCAUCACCAGUCACUACACGUGGAUUCAACGGCAGGCCAGACAUCCACUUCCAUGGCUCCUCUUCUGAGAAGCCUCUCUAUGCCCUCUGCUGCUAGUUCUACUGAUGCCUCCUCUGGCGCCUGUCCACAAAAUUUCCGCCUUAGCCAAUCUUUUGAUGAACGGUCUGGAACACAGUCUCGCCACAUUGGGAUGCUACGACGCCAGCAUGCUAUCGAACUAGGUGCUGAAUUCAAUAAAGAGGAACAUAGUUUACACAGUAGCUCCAACACGCUCUACAAUCACAAUAUGUCCAUCGUGCCUCCUGACCAUAAGCAAUGUCAACCAGAGCCGUACGAGUGUGAGACAUGUGGCGUUGGAUGUAAGAACUGGGAAGGUUAUAAGGCACACAAGAGAAGUCUUUGUAUAGCACGACUUCCCCAAGAGAGUCUUGGUACAACAAUAUGCCAGCUGGACCGUUCACAGUUGAUACACUAUCCAAUCAACAGACCAGGGAUUUUGGCAAUGCGCAAGAGAAGGAAAGAGGAGAGUUUUGAAUCUGAUGAUCCAUCCUCUCCUGUCUCCAUACCCACCUUGUCCACGUUGGUGCAAGGCAGAGACGAAACAAGUGUAGCAUGCAAUAGAAACUCAUGGUCACGAUUAGAGCAGGAUUGGGGAGGGACAUCGAAAGGUUUCUCAGUGAUUCAACAUACUAGUUCAUUUGAGAAACAGGACACUUUGUUUACAGAGAGUCAAGGUAAAGAGGAGGCACAUAUUCAAUUCCCAUCUCAUGAGGAUGCGUCUCAAAAACAGCUGCAGGAACACUCUUCCAAACCAACACCUCGCAAACUGGUGCGCCAACGCAAUGUUCAGGUCCCUGAGAUAUUCAUCACUGAGGAUUCCAACACCAAUGUUAUUGAGUCUAUUCAGACACAAUCAGAAAUGGCCUCCCUAAUGCCUAAACAGACCAAGAGGACAGAGGAGUUCCAGUGGCCACAGAGGAGCCUCACCCUGUCUGGGGUCCCCAUCGAGAAGCUGCCCCCGAAGAAGAAACGAAUUCGCCUUGCCGAGGCCGCCCAGUCUUCAGGAGAGUCCAUGUCGAGCUUUGACUCCAUCUCCCUGCCUCGCAGCCCCAGCCAGGACAGUUGCGCAUCCCACGCAUCUAGCCGCUCUGCAUCCUUGGAGGAGUCCACCAGACCCGGAGACAUGGAGACCCUGGCUGGGAUACCAUUGAGGAGGUCCAGGGCCCCUAACAUGUUGACCGUCCCAGGGCUGCAUCAUCACAAAAGGGAGAUGCGGCGGUCGGCCUCAGAGCAAGCACCUUACGACCCACAACAGCAAUCUGUUUUGAUGGCGAUGUCGGAGAUGCGGAGCAAGUCCUUUGACUACAGCAGUUUGUCCCCUGAGCGCUCUGCGGCCGGCUGGAGAGACAGACGCAAAUGUCUCCUCAUGAGACACACUCCGGUCAGGGACCCAGAGGAGGAGGAGCAGCCUGCCAAACCUGCAGAACUGAAGCAGAACCCCAGUUCCUGCAUUAUUGCCAAACACACAGCACUAAAGGUGAACAACCCUUCUCACUGCAGCCCCAGUCCUGACCCUGUCAGUCCCAGCACCUUAUCUAGACAAAGCCCAGGUCCUCAACACCUUAGUUCGGCUGCUGGUUCCCCUCUGUCAGGCGUUACAUCCUGUAACCCUGUGCAAACUCUUUGCGGAGAGCCUCCCUCACAAUGGAAACUGGAUCAAAGUAGUCAGUUAACUGGACAUUGCUUUGAAGUUCUACCCUCUCAUAAGUCUGUAGAAUCUCCUGAUCCCCUCCAGAGGGUAGCCCCAUCACCUCUCUGUUCAGGGAAGCCUGUAAUUAUCUCCCUCCGUCCUGUCCACACCUACAUCCACCCUGCCCAACCCCGCCCUGUCUACCCUCCCCACCCCCUCCCCACCCAGUGCCCAUUAGGGAUUGCUAGGGCCCACUACCUUCCAAUAUCCACAGGCCUGAAGCUGGAGAUUCCAGUCCCAACUCACAGUCAUGAUGGACUUUCAGAGUUUGUAACACAUCCUCCGCAGAUCCUCCACCCUCACCCUAACAUCACACUCAGCCCAGAGUUACUCCGGCCCUCCAUAUCACCAGCAGUAGCAGUAGUCCGGCUACAGGCAGACACCAACACCCUAGCCAGUGCCAUAUACACCACUCUGUCCCAAACCACAACAUCUAGGUCCCAGGAACCUGUUUGUUCUGCAUUAAACAGUGGCAAUAGAAAUACCCCAAAGUCUGAACAUAACAGCCACCUGGUCAAGACUCUGCCUGUAAGCAUUAAGAGGUUGUCUGAGACUCUGCUACCAGUCAGCCAGUUGACUCUGCCUCCAGGCAACCACUUGGCUUUGCCUCUGCCCCAUGACAGCCAAUUGUGGUCUGAGGAGGGCUGUAGAUCUUCAGGCUCAGGAAGCUACAAGCGCAUGUUAUCCCCUUCAAACAGUGUCGAUUUCAGCCCUGAGUCCAAACAGCAGCAGAAACGAGUGAAGGAGGAGGAAGAAGAGGCGAGUUGUGUAGGAAACGUAAUCGCAGAAACAUCAACAAAAGAAGAAAAGGUUGAGAUUCCAACAUGUUUACCGAGGGUGUGUACUCCCAUAAGUCCAGAAGGACCUUCAUAUCCGACCCUCCAGUCCACCACCUCUCACAGCUGGUGUUAUCUGAACUACGUCAAGCCAAACCCCUCCACCUCGACUGACCAGCCCUCAGUGUACUCCUCCUGGUCUACCAGCGAGUAUGACUCCAACCCUCCAGGCCUCUCCACCAAGACAGCCCUGUCCCUGUUGGACUGCAAGCAGAGGGUCAGCUACACCAUCUAUACCAUGUCUCCCAUGUCAUCCACCCCUGCAGAGACCCCACCAGAGCCCGCCGACAUGAAGACGCCAUGCCCUUCUGAGGUACAUGCCACUCUGCCCGGCGACAGCCACCAUGUUGAGACAACAGAGCAAGAGCAGUCCGCAGAGGACAAGGAGCCAAAGAAAGAACGAGAGGAGGAAGAAGAGAAGGAAGAGAAGGAAAAAGAAGAGGAGGCCCAGUCAACCAGCAAAUGUAGAGAACCUCCACCUCGAAUCUGGAUCUGUGAGGGAGGCUACAGGUCUAGUGAGGAGUACGUGUACGUGCGGGGUCGAGGCAGGGGCAGAUAUGUGUGUGAGGAGUGUGGCAUCCGCUGUAAGAAGCCUAGUAUGCUGCGUAAACACAUCCGCCUGCACACUGACUCACGACCCUACGUCUGCAAGCAUUGCAACUUUGCCUUCAAAACCAAAGGGAACCUGACUAAACACAUGAAGUCCAAGGCCCAUGGGAAGAAAUGCCAUGACGGGCCAAUGACUGGCUCUUCCCUGGAAGAGGCAGAGGAAGGAGGCAGUGAAGACUGCUUAGUCUGGCCAGAAACAGGACAGGACGAGCACCAACACUCUGACGUCAGCGAAACUGAAGAAGACGACGAUGACAACGAGUAUGAUGAUGAAGAUGAUGAUGGUGAAGAGGAGUCCUGGUCCCAUGAAGACCCUUCCUCCACAAGCCACCUGAAGCCACCCAAACCCCCAAACCAGAACAGAACCACACCAGACCGGGACAGGACCAGACCAUCUGGGUCAAGCCAGCCCAGCCAGCCUCAGAGGCUGAAUCCCCAGGAGCCAAGCCUCUGUUACCUUGCUGGUUCCCCCAGCAAGAAGAGAGCUCUGUUCUCCCGGAGGAGGCACCUGGACAGCGCUGGUCACCGCUCCCCACGCCACUGUCCAUCACCAACCCUAUCUCCAUCUCCAUCUCAUCGCCUGUCCUCAUCUCCAGCCCCAGCCCUAUCUCCAUCUCAUCGCCUUUCCUCAUCUCCAGCCCCAGCCCUAUCUCCAUCUCCAUCUCAUCGCCUGUCCUCAUCUCCAGCCCCAGCCCUAUCUCCAUCUCCAUCUCAUCGCCUGUCCUCAUCUCCAGCCCCAGCCCUAUCUCCAUCUCCAUCUCAUCGCCUGUCCUCAUCUCCAGCCCCAGCCCUAUCUCCAUCUCAUCGCCUGUCCUCAUCUCCAGCCCCAGCCCUAUCUCCAUCUCCAUCUCAUCGCCUGUCCUCAUCUCCAUCUCAUCGCCUGUCCUCAUCUCCAUCUCAUUGCUUGCCCUCAUCUCCAGCCCCAGCCCAAUCUCCAUCUCCAUCUCAUCGCCUGUCCUCAUCUCCAUCUCAUCAGCUGUCCUCAUCUCCAUCUCAACACCUGUCCUCAUCUCCAUCUCAUCACCUGUCCUCAUCUCCAUCUCACUGCCUGUCCUCAUCUCCAGCCCCAGCCCUAUCUCCAUCUCAUCACCUGUCUCCUGCUCACUCCCUAUCCCCUAGAGUGGACCUGUCUCCUCUUCGCUGCCCUUCCCCUAGGCAUAACCUUUCUGCUGUCUCCUGCCACCCCUCUCAUCCACCACUCUCAUCUCUGCCCCCUAGUCAUAAACUGUCCCCUGCCCCCUGUCACCCCUCCCCACCCUCCUCUCUGUCUCUGCUAGGUUGUCAUGUCUCCCCCUCCCUAGAGAGACAUCCAUCCUCCCUAAGAGGCCUCUCACCUAUCAGGCCCAAGUCCCCCAGUGGUGGCUCCCCUGCCCCUCAGGUAACCAUCCCUGCUCAACACAGAACCCGUCUGCCCAGAGACCCAUCUUCAAAUCCCCACAGGGACAGACCUGCUACAGCUACAAGCUCCAAGGCACGGCUGAUGAAGAGCUACUCUGUUCAGGAGGAUGACGAGCUGCGUCCCCCUCUCCUGUCCCCCAGGACUAGACCAUUCCGAGGGGGCCAAGGGGGUGUCCUCAGCCACCUGCCUCUCCACUCCCAGCAGCUAGCCAGGACCGCCAACCUGCUGAUCCCCAUUGGGGGGAUCCACAUGGUACAGCCCAGGACCAGUCCACUCUACAGCUUGGUGACUAGCCCUGUGGCAGCAAAGGACACUCCUACUCCGGCAAGGAUGGACCAGUCCAUGACAGCCCAGAACACCCCUACCCCUUCAGAGAUGGACCGGUCCAGGAUCAGGAGAGCUGGACUGGACGAAGUGCCACUUAGUUGGCCUUCAUCAUUGAAGGACCAUCAGAACAGUCUGAAAGAGGCUGCUAGGCCUAGCACUAGCAUGCACACCAGUUACCAGGACAACAGGGUAGGAGAGGGAGAGGCCGGGGCCAAGUGCAGACAGUCAACACCUCUCCCAGACAAGGCAGGUAUGGCCCAUGUACACGUGUGCACCAUGAGACCAGAGAAUCAUGGGAGUUUGAGUCGAAGGGAAGAGACUAAACUACUGUUCACUGGGACAGAGGUAGCAGGCAGCUCACUCACUACAGGCACCCGGACGAGCACUUUGUCCAAGGGAACCACACCCACAGAAAGAGAUACAGAUACACACUUUAGAGAAGGAAGUGUUUUUCCAGUGACUACCCAAGGCCAAAAGGCACCGCCUUCUUUCCAGACUAAACUCUGAUAGGAAGGAGCACCUUUAGGGAACAGUGUAACAGACUUGUCUUGGGUACAUCUGAUAUGGCAACGUAUUUCCUACAUAGGGGAUACGGUGCCAUUUCAGAGACAGCCAUGAUCGCAGAGCUAGAAACAAUUCUGGUUUUGAGACUGAAGAAGACAAAAGGAAUCCAAGAAGAGCACUCGGGAGCGUACGGCUUCUGACUAUAAUGUGAUUAUGUAAUUAUAUGAAUAAUAUAUAGAUAUGUUGAAUAUGCAGUAUAUGUUUUGUAAUCUUUUUUUACUCUCUUCUUUUGGUUAAUGGCAUUGCUGUUAAUGUAUUAUUGAUGUGCUCUUAUGCAAUUCGGUACUAUCCUCUGUGAGAUCUGGAAUGAAAUGUAGAUAAAGAUUUGAUUUAGUCUACUAUUCCCCCGUCGACCCCUUUGAUAACUCUAUAAUACAUGAUACUGCUCUUGCUGUUUUUAUACUGUACGAUGUACAGGUGUACGGUCUUCAUUUGACACAUAUUGUCACAGCAAAAUGAUCCUGCAGCAAAAUGAUCCUGCUUGAUCGGUGGGUGGGCUGGUCAGAAGGAGGCUACAUGAAAAGUGCAAUACUGUUAAUAUGACCGUGUGUUAGUGUGGGGUUACAGUGAAUUUAUGUCAAUCAAAAAGCUAAUCUGCAUUUCCUGCGGUGCAGGGAAAGUCUCGGCAACAAAAGUGUGGUCAAAUGAAGAUCCUACUCCUGUACAACCAAAUAUAGAAAGGUACUAGACAUCUCACCUUGACCAGUAUUUUGAAGUGCAAUUUCUGUCAAGAUUGUGGCUUGGAAUGUUAUUCUUAAUGGCUGUGAUUCUUUGUUUAUUUUCAAGCUGGAAUCCUUGAUGGUGAAAACCGCCACGUCCGUGUGCAAUAUUACAACAACAAAGAAGUCAUUUCAAACAACGAACACUGUUGUUUUUCACUCAAUGCACGUGCGAUAGAACAGCAGAAUUUACAACGGUGGGCCGACGCUCCUCACCUCCGCUUCGUCAACAAAACUAAAACAACGGCCAAGGGGCAGACAGUGGCACCGUUUUCCAUACUGUGGAUUCCAUAUUUAAAGAUGGUUCAUUUUUGAUAUGCUGCCUGGCUGUUUUGAAGAAUCAGGGUUAGAAUAAUAUCUUAUUUUCUACUAUCUCGUUGAGAGUAAAUCUUGGAAUAGGAGCACGCAUUCGGGGUAGAAAAGCUAACUCCACUCAUUGAAUAUUCAUACAAAUAUAUCUUGUUUUGAUCAUCUGCUGUACAUGAUGCAGUCCCUAUUUAUUUCCAUAAACACAGUAAUAACAGGUCGUUUUUAUAAAGGAAGCCGUUUCCAUAUUUGUCGUUUUCAUGUGUCUUUUACCAUUAAAAUGAGUUUUUACAGAUU